ACGCAGGCGCAGUAGGUGCUCGCGAGCUCGCUUGAGAAGGAAAUGGCGGCGGUCGUUUCGGGCUCAGUGUCGGCGGCGGGUUUGGAAGGCGGCCCCAAAAUGGCGGAGAGCGGAGUCGUUCCCGGAGGCGGCUUGGGCUCGGGAGGGCCGGCGAACGGGGCGGGCAACGGCAUCGCCGUCGGAGGCCCCAAGAGUGAAGGCGAAUGGCCCAGCCAGACCGAGAAAAGGAAAGAAAGAAAUGCCAAGAGGGGCGGAGGGAGUCGCUUUGAGCCGUACCCCAGCCCUUCUUCGAAAAGAUACCGAGCCUUCAUCACCAACAUCCCCUUCGACGUCAAGUGGCAGUACCUGAAGGACCUGGUCAAAGAGAAAGUUGGUGAGGUAACAUACGUGGAGCUCUUAAUGGACGCUGAAGGAAAGUCAAGGGGCUGCGCGGUGGUUGAAUUCAAGAUGGAAGAGAGCAUGAAAAAAGCCGUGGAGGUGCUGAACAAGCACAGCCUCAGUGGGAGACCCCUGAAGGUGAAGGAGGAUCCCGACGGCGAGCAUGUUCGAAGAGCUGUGCAGAAGGCCAUGGCGGCCUCUGGGAGCGGGAUGGGCCUCAGCCCUGGCGCAGGCGGGCCUGGCAUGAUUAACAUCCCGCCCAGCAUUCUCAAUAACCCCAAUAUCCCUAACGAGAUCAUCCAUGCCCUGCAGGCCGGCCGCCUGGGCAGCACCGUUUUCGUGGCCAAUCUGGAUUACAAGGUUGGCUGGAAGAAGCUGAAGGAAGUUUUUGGCAUGGCCGGCGUGGUUGUCCGAGCAGACAUCUUGGAAGACAAAGACGGGAAGAGCCGGGGGAUCGGCACAGUCACCUUCGAGCAAGCCAUCGAGGCUGUCCAGGCUAUCUCUAUGUUCAACGGGCAGCUGCUCUUUGACAGGCCGAUGCACGUCAAGAUGGACGAACGGGCUUUGCCAAAAGGGGAUUUCUUCCCUCCGGAGCGGCCCCAGCAACUUCCUCGUAAGUCCUCAGAGCUGGCUAGGGAAGUGGCCCCUGGUGUUCUGACCCACCUCCCCAAACACGACAAACCCUCUGUAGUUGAAGCAAUGAUGCCUUUAUUAGGA